CGGCUUUAUUCAUAAGCGAACCACCACCUUGGCUUGCGGGAUUUAGCCACCCGAUUUUUUAGUCAAUGUCUCGCGAAGUUUAGUUUACCCGAAAGUUUGAGCGAUAUUCGGCAGGUUUCCGUGCUUUCCAAAUUACAUGUGUCACCCAGCGGUGGAUAUAAUUAUCCCACCCUGCUCAAGUUCUUUUUUUCGUCCGCAUUCAUAGGUGGCAACAGCGACUGCAUGUCCGAAACAAUGGCGAAUCUCUCCUUGUGCGCUCCUCUCAGCGACGAGCGCUUGAAAUGCGCCACAUCAAUCUACAACAAUCUCCCAGAGGUAUCGACACAGCCAGCCAUCGACGAAAAAUAUCUGGAUUUCUUCGACAAUCUUCUUUGCCGGCAUCGUCUGCAAGGUGUCAUCGGCCUCCACCUGGCUCAUAGCCACCAUCCUAUCCCCGACAACACUAUCCUGCUCGGAACCAGCAUCAAUGUCUCAGGAGGAACGAACGUCGAAAAAUCUAUUCGCCGCUGGGCCAAACCUACCCUCGUAAAGGAUGUGCGCGGCAAGCAGAUUCAUGGACAUGUCUAUGUCGUCAAACCAGAUGGCUCUCUCCACCCCUACGAGUUCCAGCACGGCCAUUCUCCGGUUCCUUCUGAGCUCGACCUCGGUCCUUUCCUUCGAGAGUUCGCCAAAGCAGUGAUGGAGAAGGAGCUGCAGGAUUUAAUUGCACUUGAAAUCCUCCAUCCUGAAGACACUGACCGGGAACUGGCGUUGGAAUUCAUCGUCGACGAGGUCCACCAUAUUCUGGUCGACGAGUCGGUGGCGGGGGGGUGGAAGCAGACUCGGACAACUGGCUGGGCGCACAGAGUCGAGGGGAAUGGCGGGGCUCGCGUUUUGAAGGGUAACGUGGCUUACGCCCCACCACCAAAAAAUCCUACUGCCCAUCAAACUUACACCGAUGGGAAACCAGAUGCAAAACCUUCCACCGUUUCAGAUGUGGCAAGUGCGCUUGCAGCGCUGUGGGAGUAGGAUGUUUACCCGUUACGAUUUUUUUUAGUUAUUAAAUAGUUUCCCAGCAGGACCUGCUCGCGCUGCUCGCAACCGUCGCUAUAAUUUAAAAUCCUACGAAGGUUUAACCGG